UAUAAAUGUCAAAUCGCUACAACUCUUCUGAAAAAGGAGAAGAAGCAAUUCCCAAUCUCUUACCUCCAAAAGUUACUAAAAAACAACUGAAUGAUUCUUUAAAGCCGAUGUAUAGCAGGAAGAUUAAUUUCAACCCAAGUUCGAGUGUAAUCUCUCCGACUGUAAAGACCUCAACGAUGCUCACAGGUUUCUGUGAUACAAAUAUUAUGAUUGAACAGAUACGUAAUCGACAACGGAGAAAUUUUAAGAGGAAAAGCUUUGAAUUACGAAGCUCAAUGGAGCGGAUCUCCAAAAAUGAUGUAGCUAGUUCAAUUAUGAAGCUACAAGUUGACCGAAAAAGAUUAAAUCUCUCAGGGAUUCAUCCAAGCCGCAAAUCAAGGAUGAAUAGUAUCGGUAGGGCUAGCGGCUUUGGACUUCGGAAACUAUCUUCUAAAAACUCUGAAGGUACCAAAGUCCGCAUAGGAAGUAUUACCAAGGUCAGUAAUCUUGCUGAGCAUUUCAGAAGCCAAGAGCUUAAAAAAAUACGAAAGAAGACAAGGAAAAACUCUUUCCUCAAGAGCAAGAGCAUACUGAACUUCAAAGAUAAUGAGAGUGAAGACUCACACAACAAGAGCGUUGUAGAUGAAGACAAGCUCAAAGUUGAAGAGAUAGAAGAUGACGCGAGUGGUUUUCUCCAAAAGAUGAAGCAAAAAUGGAACAAAGCGAAAGAAAAUAGGCCUAUCUCCCCAAAAUUCAAAAUUGGGAAAAACAAGAAGUCUAGAAGAAAGAGUAAACAUAUGCACAAUAAGAAUCCCAGGAGGCAUGAACUUGGUUAUGCUGCAAACUCAAGCAUGAUAGAUUUCAAGAUGAGUAACUUGAUUCCAGAAGAUUUCACUGAAAACAAUGAAAAGAAACACAAGAAAGUCUCUAAGAAAAGGAAGGAACAGUCUGAGCCUCCUCAAGCAGUACCAGAUAAGGACGAGGAAGAGAAGCAACCAAAGACUUUGAAGGAGAAACCGAGAAGAAAGCAAUCUGAUUCAAAGUCCUUUGUAAAGGCGGUAAUUAAAGAAGAUAGUUGCACAAGAGGAAGCACACUAAAGCUGCUCCAGGAUCCUGAAAUUUACAAAGAGGAGGCUAAGCGGGGCUCUCUCAUUCUUGGAAACUUCUAUGAGCAACUAUCUGUUGAUAAUCCUAAUGAAUUUGAAAGAACAAAGGCCUUAAUGUCUCCCAUCCCAAGAAAAGCAGGAGUAUUGUCUCUAACACUGAUACGGAAAAACACUGGGUUUAACAGGCUGUAUCCCAAAUAUUACCUUCAUUUCACUUCAUCAAACGAGUUCCUAGUAAAUGCGAAGAAAAGGCCUGGAAACAAGCUGUCAAACUAUUUAAUUUCUAGCAAGCAAGGCGAGUUUGAACGGAAGAAGUCUUCUUUCAUCUCAAAAUUAAGAGCCCAAGAAGGAAAGAAAAAGUACCUCAUCUUCAAUAACGGGGAGAAUUUUAAGUCAAAUGCGAUCAUAUCGAGAAGCAAGAUCCGCAAUGAGAUUGGUGCAAUUCAUUUUAAAUAAAAGACUUAUGACCUCUCACUCCAAUAAUCGAGACAACUUUGAUGACAUGAUAGUUGGAAUUCCUAAGGUCGAUGUAGCUAAUAAUAUCGUUGAAUUCAAACCCUUAGACCAUGAAGAAUCAAUGUUACGUAUGCUAGAGGAUUCGAAAUAUGACGGUACUAUUACAUGCUUUCAAAAGAAAGAGCCGGAAUGGAAUGAAAAAGCUCAAAAAUAUUACCUAAAAUUUGAUGACAGGGUUCAAAAAGCCAGUAUAAAGAAUUGCCAACUUGUAAAAGUUUAUCUUAAUGAAACUAUCGAUCAUCACUUGAAUAACAAGAACAAUAAUCUGAUAUUCCUUCAGUUUGGAAGAAUAGAUGAUAAGCACUUUGCUCUAAACAUCCAGUGGCCUUUCUCCAUAGUGCAAGGAUUUGCAAUCGCUUUAUCAAUAUUUGAUCAAUAAUCCACUCCUAAAAUAAUAAAGAAAAUAUUUCUUUCA